AGAGACUGUAUCGGGUGACUUUUUGGCCACACACGCAAUGUAAGUCUCUGUAUCAGUUUGGGGAUAGAUAAUUAAUCUCAGUUAAAUUAGAACACAAUUCAGUGCCAUCAAGUGUACUGUACUCAUUAUUUGUAAGGGGUGGAGAUUGGUAGAUGAAACGAUGGGUUUUGACCAAUAAAAAAGACCGCUGAUUUCCAUGUGCUGAAGAAAGAUUGCAGAGAAGAGUUGUUGUUGAGGUGAAACUUUUCUGACGGAGAUUAGAUUAUAAAAUGGUGAGAGCUGUGUGUGGAUGUCUCAAUGUAAAAAUUCACAUCAAGGGUGAACUUGCAAAUUCCCCAAUUUUCCACACAGAUGACCUUCAAUUUGAAGAAUCACAAGAUGAGUUUUUCCAACAGGCUCCCAAAGAGGUGAUAACUGAUGCUGCUGGGGUUGUGAUUGAGCACACAUUUUUGGUACAAUCACGCCAUGUUGGAAACUGGAAUAUUUUUCAUUGUAUCUGCUGCAAAACAGAUACCCAUGCAGUCCCUGAUUCUUCUCGACUACCUUUUCUGCUAAACCCAGUCCUUGGGGUUGAUCCCAACCACAUCUUAAAGCUGCAGCAAAGCGAAAGAUUUUCUGCAGUCUACAAAGUUGUUCUUCCUUGGCUUGGAAACUCAGGGCCAUCUUCUCCAAGAAACUUCCCAGAUAAAGGAUCCCAAGCAGAUCAGGAUGUUGUCACUAUUCAGCAGAUGAUGUCUGGAUUUCUGAAAAAGGAAGAAGAGAAAGUGGAAGAAAACAUCCUGAGAUACACCGAGCAACAGCAAGCAUCUUUAUCGGCCCUAGAGGCUCGAGCUAGACAGGAUAGAAAUACGCUUUUACUGCUAAUUGCUCAAAAAGAAACCCCUGUUGGUAAGAAAAUGCAGUCAUUGAGCCUCAGGAGCGAAGUCACUCCUCCCACAACUCCCACUAAGACUGGGUCAUUUAAUUUCACGUCUCCCACCAAAGAAAUUCCUCCCCCGCCUUUUCAGCGCGGCUUUUCGACAAAUCCUGAAGACGAUAUUUUUGAAUUUGACCCUGAUUAUUUGGAUAAUAGAAAUCCUUUUGAUGACACGUCCGAUCCUGAUAGUGAAGAAUCGAGUUACGCUGAAGGAAUGCAAAUACCUGGUCGCCAUCCUCUAAGGUCGGACGAUGAUAGUGCCUUGCCCAAAUCCCUUCCUAUGCGAGUACCUGCCGUGUCAAAUUAUCGUACACAAGACAUAGAUGUUGAAGAUGAUAGAACUCCUGUUAAUCCGGAAGAAAUGGCAGCCUCCAUCAAAGCAAUUGCUCGAAGCGUUCAUGGGGGCUCAGAUUCUCAUUGGGACUUGCCUCGCCCGAGGUUAAACACUUUACACUGACGUAUGAAACAAAAUUUGCCAAUUAAGCUUUGCGUCCAAGUAUAGACUGUGUUUUCAAUAGAUCUGUGCUGACGUCGGUCUUUCUCUUGCAGCUUAUAUUUUGUGUGUUCUUUCCUUGUCCGUUCCAACCGGUUCAAAUUUUCUUUUAAAGGUUGCCCUCUCGAAUCAUGGAAAAUGAACGUUUUGAGUUUAUGCAGUGUAAGAGGACGAAAAGUUUUCAUAUUGAAGAAUACACUAACCAGCGUGUA